AUGGACGCGCCACGCAUCUCGAAACCAAACAGUAACAGACCGUCGUCCUCUGUCCAUCGUACACAACCCUCUUCUUCAUCCUCCUCCCCAUUUCACCCAUAUGCACGUCCAUCCACAUCCAGAGCUUCAUCAUCCCAACCCACGCCACACCACACGCCACACCACAGUCCACCUCGUCACUCUCCCCAUCCCCAUCCCCAUCCCCUUUAUCCCGGACAAAGACAAACGCAUCCCACCCACCCACCUCAUCCUCAACAACAACAACCUCAACCAUUCCAACGCGCCCAACCCCGUCCCGUCCCCCAACUCAUCCUCGACACCCUCGGCGCCACCCAAGCCCACAAGUUCUGGCAAAUCGCACUCGGGCUCCAUCCAGAAAGGGAAUUCGCGAAAUGUGAUGUUACGGGGGAUUGGAGCCCGUUUUUGGUGUGGAUGGAGACGAGUAUGAGGGCUAUGAGGGAGCGGAUGGCUGGGCGCGCGGCUGGGGGGAGUGGCGGGCGUGGCGGAGGGGGAGGAGGAGAGGUGGCGAGUGGGAUGGCGAGUGCAGUUGGUGUGGGGGUACAAAUGGGAAAUGGGGGAGGGAUGGGAAUGGGAAUGGGAUAUGUGCAGGGAUCUGUUCCACAGAUGCAGAUGGGGACGGGAACAGGGAUGAUGGAGAUGGGGAUGGGGAUGGGGAUGUGGCAGGGCUCACCAGCGAUGUACACCAAUAUGACGCCGGGAGCGGGUCAAGGAGUGGCGCAGAGCGUGCAGGACUUUCAGGUCGCCGGUAUGGUGGGUUAUGAUGCGCAGGGGAUGAGCAUCGCGCCGGAGUACUACACGCCACAGAACUACGAGCCACAGUCCGGGUCGUACGAGUACGGGAACUAUGCUGACCAGCAGAGCGCGUUCAUGCCCGUUGCUGGACCAUCGCAGGAUGUUUAUACCGCCUCGCACUAUACUCAACAACAGGCGUCGGACGUCGAACAGCAGUUCUACGCGCCUCAAUCAUACGAGAACGGGAAUUAUCUUGAUCAGCAGAACGCGUCCAUGCCCGUUGCUGGAUCGUCGCGUCUACCGGACGUUCAUGCUGUCUCGCACCAUACUCAACAACACGGAUCAGAUGCCACACAGCAGCAUUACUCACCUCAAUCAUACGAGAACGGGAACUAUUCCGAACAACAGAGUACGACCAUGCCUGUUGCUGGUCCUUCGCGUCUACCAGACGUUCAAACCGUCUCGCACCAGACUCAACAACAGGUAUCAGGCGCCACGCAGUACUACGAGCCUGGGAACGGUGGUUUCCUUCGUCAUCUUAUGCCUACGUCUAGACCUCGACCAUCUAAUCCGGGGAACGUGCGCAAUAUCUCACAACAGAUACAGAAGACGCAGAAAACGAAGGAACGGUCGGGACAGCAACAACAAUUACGGAAGCAGCUGCAGCAGCGGCAGCUACAAGGACUACAGCAACAACAAGGACAACAACCUGUAGCCAGCGGUUCGACGAGUCAUACGAAUUCUUCGCAUGUACGUAGUGGUUCGACUGGGAGCGAUACACUACACCGUCCAGAACUCCGUGCCGCUCGUGAAUCCGUCCAACCCCAGCAAUCAUCCUCCUCCUCCGCAACGCCUCCUCCCGUAUCCUACACCACCCCUCCCCCCGACGUCUUCUCACUCCCUCACUCGACCUACUGCAUCCCCUGUCUCGGCCCACACAACCCCUCGAACGAACGUCCCACCACUAUCCGACCCUCCACCUUCACCUCCACCUCCAACUCACACCUCAUCGGUGGCGUCGAAUUUUUGCGUCAGAACGACGACUCCGCCUUCUGGUCGAUCUUCGAAGACUCGCUGAACUCGGGAUCGUUCGACGAGGACCCGAUGUGGAUCGAGUUUCCGGAGAUCGUGUUACGGAUUUGGGAGAAGCCGGAACAUAAGAGGCGAGGGUUAGCGAUGGACUUUUGGUGGGAGUGCGUAUCUGAGGUUGAAGAAGAUGGGGUGAGGGGUCGGGUAAAGAAGAUGAGGGAGAUCAAGUUCGCGGAGAUGCUUUUGCAGGUGUUCAAGUCGGACGCGACUGUUGUAGAGGUCAUAGAUUUAACAUAA